AUGGUGAUAAAAUUGCUAUUUGGAAAGAUCCCUGGGUUUGAGAACUUCAUCCCUUCAAAAGCCUUCUCCUCUGACUCUCUCAGACUCAAGAAGGUUAGUGACUUAUUUGAUCAUUCCAGUAAUUCUUGGGAUAUUGAUCUUGUUGAGCAAACAUUUAAACCUGAAGAAGCCAGACAAAUUCUUUCCAUUACUCUUAAAAAAACUGGUCAUAGUGAUUUGUUGACAUGGCUCCCACAUAAGCAAGGCAAGUUCACAAUCAAAUAUGCCUAUUCUGCUAUUCUCAAGACAAAAAUGCUCUCUCUCAAGCAACCAGAAUCUAGCAACAGUAGACUGAUUGAACAAAAAAUCUGGAAAACUACCUGGGAACUUAAAAUAAAACAGAAAAUUAAGAAUUUUCUUUGGAGCUGUUGGUUUAAGUUCAUUAGCACUCAGGAUCAGUUAAAGAAGAAAUGCAUACAGGUUGAUCCUAUCUGUUGCAUAUGUGGUAAAUUUGAGGAAUCUUUGGAGCACAUUUUCUUCCACUGUGAUAGAGCUUCAAAAGUUUGGAAGUUAUCUGGAUUGGACUGGAGUGGUUUGCAGCAGCACACUGAUUCUUUCAACUCUUGGUGGGCUGGAAUUUGCCACAUUCAAAGGGUGCAAUGCAUUCAGGAUAGAGUUCACUACUCAACUUACAUCCUUUGGUGGUUAUGGAAAACGCGAAAUAAUUGGCUAUUCAAUAAAGUUAGGAUUUCUAAAAUGGAAUUGGCCAAAAGAGCUUGGAUUGAAUGGACAGAAUUUGAUGAAGGCACCUGCUCAGCUUCCUAA